AUGGAGGUCUCAUUUAUUCCAUGGAGUACCGAUUUCCCGCAUAUUUGUAGAUAUCUGUUGGAAAAUAUCGAUUGGCUGGAGGACGAUUUAGGCCAAUAUGACAACGAGUUUCUGCUGGUUGACUGUCCCGGACAGUUGGAGCUUUACACUCAUUUUUCGAUUUUCAAAAACAUCAUUUCUGUGUUCCAGCGCAUGGGAUAUCAAGUGUGUUGUGUAUAUUUGCUCGAAUCUGUGUUUCUACAAGACGUGUCAAAGUUCUUUUCUGGAGUGCUAAGUGCGAUGAGCGCCAUGGUGCAGCUUGAAAUUCCGCACAUCAACGUCAUUACAAAGCUGGACCUUGUGGAUGACGCCACUCUUGAAUCAGAGCAAAUAUCACGGUUUGCUCGAUGUGGUUUAUUGUUAGGUUUUUUAAUUCAGACCCAAGCCUACUUUUGGAUUGGCUCAGAACCGAUGAAAAAUCUUGUUCCGAGCAUCUUGGGAUGA